CUGAGGCGGUGGAGUUGAGCGGGAGGAGAGGCUCCACGUGCAAGCUGCUAUUCCUCCCAUCUCCUGCCAUCGGGCAAAAGCACACGCGGAAUGUUCCUGUUCUCUGUCACCCAGUUACUUCCUGCCUUGUGACCACACACCCCGGCUUGGGCUUGACAGGGCUGCUCUGCAGAACUGAAGGACUGGCGUCCCUGACUACACAGCAGCACCACCAAGGACAGUUUCUCUACAAGGUCUGUCACCUAAGCAGUCAGAAUGGCCAGAGGAUCAGUGUCUGAUGAGGAGAUGAUGGAACUCAGAGAGGCCUUUGCCAAAGUCGACACCGACGGCAAUGGAUACAUCAGCUGCAAUGAGCUGAAUGACUUGUUCAAGGCCGCCUGCCUGCCUCUGCCUGGGUAUCGCGUGAGAGAGAUCACAGAAAACCUGAUGGCCACGGGAGACCUAGACCAAGAUGGAAAGAUCAGCUUUGAUGAGUUUAUCAAGGUCUUCCAUGGCCUGAAAAGUACCGAGGUUGCCAAGACCUUCCGGAAAGCUAUCAACAAAAAGGAAGGGAUCUGCGCGAUUGGCGGCACCUCCGAGCAGUCCAGCGUUGGCACCCAGCAUUCCUACUCGGAGGAAGAAAAGUAUGCCUUCGUCAACUGGAUAAACAAAGCCCUGGAGAAUGACCCCGACUGCCGGCAUGUCAUCCCCAUGAACCCCAACACCAAUGAUCUCUUCAACGCUGUAGGGGAUGGCAUAGUUCUUUGUAAAAUGAUCAACCUGUCAGUGCCAGACACGAUCGAUGAGAGAACAAUCAACAAAAAGAAACUCACACCCUUCACCAUUCAGGAAAACUUGAACUUGGCUCUGAACUCUGCCUCGGCCAUUGGGUGCCAUGUGGUUAAUAUAGGAGCUGAAGAUCUGAAGGAGGGGAAGCCUUAUUUGGUCCUGGGACUUUUGUGGCAAGUCAUUAAGAUUGGGUUGUUUGCUGACAUCGAACUCAGCAGAAAUGAAGCUCUGAUUGCCCUUCUGAGGGAAGGAGAGAGCCUAGAGGACUUGAUGAAGCUGUCUCCCGAAGACCUGCUGCUGCGGUGGGCCAACUACCACCUGGAAAAUGCAGGUUGUACCAAAAUUGCCAACUUCAGCACUGACAUCAAGGACUCGAAAGCGUAUUACCACCUGCUUGAGCAGGUGGCUCCCAAAGGAGACGAAGAAGGAAUCCCCGCUGUCGUGAUUGACAUGUCAGGGCUGAGGGAGAAGGAAGACAUCCAGAGGGCGGAGUGCAUGCUGCAGCAGGCGGAGAGGCUGGGCUGCCGGCAGUUUGUCACAGCCACCGAUGUUGUCCGAGGGAACCCCAAGUUGAACCUGGCUUUCAUUGCCAACCUCUUUAACAAAUACCCUGCCUUGCACAAACCAGAGAACCAGGACAUUGACUGGGGGGCUCUGGAAGGUGAGACGAGGGAAGAGCGGACGUUCAGGAACUGGAUGAACUCCUUGGGAGUCAACCCUCGAGUCAAUCAUCUGUACAGUGACGUAUCGGAUGCUCUGGUCAUCUUCCAGCUCUAUGAAAAGAUCAAAGUCCCUGUUGACUGGAACAGAGUAAACAAGCCUCCUUACCCCAAGCUGGGGGGUAAUAUGAAGAAGCUUGAGAACUGUAAUUACGCCGUGGAGCUGGGGAAGAAUCAGGCUAAGUUCUCCCUUGUUGGCAUCGCAGGACAAGAUCUCAAUGAAGGAAACCACACUCUCACGCUGGCGUUGAUGUGGCAGCUCAUGAGAAGGUACACACUGAAUAUGCUGGAAGACAUCGGUGACGGCCAGAAGGUCAACGAUGACAUUAUUGUCAACUGGGUGAAUGAAACACUGAAGGAGGCACAGAAAAGCUCGUCCAUCACUAGCUUCAAGGACCCCAAAAUCAGUACCAGCCUUCCAGUUCUGGAUCUCAUUGAUGCCAUUCAACCGGGCUCCAUAAACUACGACCUUCUAAAGACAGAAAACCUGGACGAUGAAGAGAAACUCAACAAUGCAAAGUAUGCCAUCUCCAUGGCCCGAAAAAUUGGAGCAAGAGUAUAUGCCCUUCCAGAAGACCUGGUUGAAGUGAACCCCAAAAUGGUCAUGACGGUGUUUGCCUGCCUCAUGGGGAAAGGGAUGAAGAGGGUGUAAGGCCCAGGGGAGCAAGCCAGAAGGUGACACAGUCAUCCCUGAAGGUCAGCACAGGGUGCUCCCAGGAUACAGAGAACUGUUCAAGCCAUUCCAAAGUCCUGAACCUUAGAGACAUUAUAUGAGAUUCCAGAAAGUGCGUAUUUGUUCGGCCAAGUAGCUUCUACUGUCUUUAGCAAUACAUGCUUCUCUCUUUUGUUUUUUUUUUCCCCAGAAGAUCCGUUGUCCUACAGAUUUUUUUUCUUCUUUGAAAUUCUACCAGAAAAAAAAAAGCUAAAGAGAAGUUAUUUCCAAAUGCCUUCCCUGAUUUCACUGGUAAUCAAGGGUAAAACCACAGUGUUUCUGUCGCUUGAUCUUUCAAACCAGUUUUAUCUAGCUGCUUUUUUCCUUGUGUGGUGUGAGGACCCCGAGGAGAUCAUCAACCUUGCCUUAAAUAAAGCCUGUUGCUGGAGGCCAA